GAUGCCGCCUCUUCCCCGAACGCCCCUUUCUGGUUCUAGACGGAACUGUUCUUAUUUGGAAAAUGCUAUAGAGCCCGGGAAUUAGCGGGUCACCUUAUCGACUUUCAUUCCUUACCAGCGUUAACACUACAUAACAGAGUUGAGUGGUCGCAAACUUUGUUAGAUAGUUUAAAUACAGUGCAACAAGAUCCUUUAAAUUUCGCCUGAUAGUCUUCUGAGCCUUCCGUUAUCUUUUGUUCUUCAAAUUUCUUAUAAUCAGCAGCAGCUGAUUAGACUCAGCAAGCCCUGCCGCCGUCAGGCCUAGUUACGAGAUACGAGAUACGUUCUGAAUCACUAUGCCGCUGGGGAUCCUCGAUGACGAUUGUGAACAUGUUCCUGGAACGGUCACUCUCGUAGACCAAGGAAGCAAUGCUGCUGAUACAUGCAACGUGCGACACGGCACCAGCAAGGACGCUCAUGUCAUCCUCGUCCCACAACCCACAGACAACCCAAAUGACCCGCUGAAUUGGUCCCUUUGGAGGAGAAAUCUGGUCUUUGCUGUCGUCUUUACGAACACCAUAAUAAUGGGAGCCGUUCCUCCCCCGCUACUGGCAGCAUCGCUUCAGGUUCUAUCUGUUUAUUUUGGGCGGCCAACAAUGGCAAUUACCUUACUUUCCGGUUACCAACUCGUGUUGGUUGCUGCUUUAGGACCUAUAGUAUCAGCACUAGCAAGAAAAUACGGUAAGCGUCCGCAGUUCGUGUUUGCGGCGAUAAUGGCGAUUAUUGGGACGGUAAUCUACAUUGGCAGUGGGAAUAGUUACAAUGUCCUCCUCGCAGGACGUCUGGUCCAAGGGCUUGGUAUAGUGGCUUUUGAGAGUCUUUCACUUGGCCUUUUAGGUGAUCUGUACUUUGUACAUGAGCGAGGCAGCCGCGCUGGUCUUUUGGCCCUUUCCCUUACCUGCAUGUCGGCCGUCGUUUCCAUCGUCAGCGGGCCGAUUACAGAGAAUUUAGGCUGGAGAUACAUGUUCAUCGUCCAUCUCCCCUUUGAGAUAGCGGGUGCCAUCACUGUGAUAUUUUUUCUUCCAGAGACACAAUUCCAGAGGCCUACUUGCGAGCAGCGCUCCCCGGGAAGCGCGCAGGCAGACACAGCAAAGCAGUCCGACUUCUCACACGAUGAAAUCGUCCAGACUGUGACUAGGCCCGGUUCACUUGAGGCCCACCACCUGUCGAGGAGGAAACGCUAUGUACAGACAUUGGCAAUAGUCAGUGGGACAUACACCAAUGAAUCUGUAAUGAAGCUACUACUAGCGCCUUUCAUUACAUUGGUGAUCCCAUCAGUUACCUGGUCAAUUUUGGUUGGUGGUAUCGCUGUUGCUUUCUACGGCACCCUUUCGUAUAUCCUUGGGCAGAUAUGGUCCGCGCCCCCCUACUUUCUUGGUUCGGCAGGAAAUGGCUAUUUUUAUGUCGGAGCUCUGCUAGGAGGUCUGAUCGGUGGCAUAGGAGGUGCGAAGCUGUGUGAUUUGUCCACCAACUGGCUGACGAAACGCAACCGUGGCGUGUAUGAACCUGAAUUUCGAAUUCCCGCGCAAAUUAUUGCGGCUGCUCUUUUGUGCCUUGGCUUCUUUCUCUUCAUGUGGGACGUUGAACACCCGACAAAGACUGGAUAUUUCCUUGGAUCAUUUUGCCACGGUUGCAUCUGUGCCGGGGUAACUAUAGCAGCGACUUCUAGUUCGGUUUAUAUCCUUGAUGCACAUCCUGACCAAGCAAUCGAAGUUUUCAUUUUGCUGAUGUCCGUGAAGAACUUCAUUUUCUACGGCUUCUCCUACUUCAUGAAUGGCUGGGUUAGCAAAUCCGGGCCUGGGGAUGUUUUCAAGGUUUUCGGCAUUGUAUCAGCUUGCCUUCUCGCUACCUCCUUGCCGAUGUGUAAGUGAUCUUUGUACAUCUCCUUGAGAUCGCUGCUCACAGUGAUGCAAUAAAAUAAGAUGUAUUUGGGAAAAGGAGCCGAAAAUGGGUGGCUGGACUGCGAUUGCUGCAAAAACACCCUCCUCAGCAGUAAUGAGCAAAUCAGGCCUGGGAAAGCCGAUAUAUGAAUAACACUGGGUGCUAUUGGCCUUGAAGCACAGUUUGAGGUCGGCAACCUUUCAGUCUCACCCUAAGUGAUAGGGUUUAAGUCAUUGUUUGUUACCUGGUCAAUUUACAAUGUCCUGCCCCACCGCAACAUAAAUAUGCGUUUAUUCUGCACAUUAAUUCCGUCCCGAACUCUUGACUUCAGCCAUGCAUUCCCUAGCGACUGAUGGCUUAUCCUCAUUACAAGAGGGCUGGUUGCCGGCCCAGGGAUUAAUAGAAGCAUCUUGCC